AUGAUGAUGAUGCUAGCGGUACUCUUGAUGGUCGUCUUGAAACUUGUCGCCAUGGAAGCGGCGACAAUAGGAGAGACUGGAGGCUUCCAUCAACAGCAAAUGAAGGCUGGAGGCUACCAACAACACCAAGUUGAGGAUAACCAAACAAACGAAGUUGACGACACAGCAUCACCUCCGGAACAACAAACGUCUCACAAAUCAAGUCGCACAACACCAAUUUCUCCAUCAACGCCGGCCAGUGACACAAUCGAAUCCACUCUGCCGGGUACCAAACUACCCAAGACGUCGAGCCAAUGGUCCGAAGCCAACGUUUACUUUCAACUACAACAACAAUCACUUCCAAGCUAUGACAAUAUCGACAACUUCACGUCCGCCUUCCAACAAAUGAUUUACAACUAUUUCGCCACAAACUAUGGCACUCUUAAACAACAAACACUGGGCUCCAAAAUUACAAAAGCCUCCAACACUCUGCAACACAAGCCCUCCUACAUACCACGAAAUUUCAACAAUAAUCCAUAA